AGUAGAACCGUGGCGUGUGUUCCAGGAAACUUCGAUACGCCCUUUUAUCUACUUCCAUAUAGCGAACAGGGAAGCGUUUGGUAGCGGGAGCCUACCUGUAUUUGUUUGUCUGAAACCGUAUUUAACCGGGUUUAAUUUGCCCGCUGAGUGGUUCGUAAACUCGGUUUCUUUUAUUUUUACUUGCAAAAACGGUCAAAAGGACGUACAGGAUGUUUUCCAAAUUCCUCAAGUGCCAGAUCAUCCUCACAAUCAUCUGCUAUGCAUUUUGUUACGAGCCCACAGAGAAGGACUUGGAGUGUUUUAAUGACUAUGAGACAGAAAUUAAAUGCAGUCUCUCUACUGACCAUCUCAAAAGCUGCUCUGGAUACAAGCUUAACAUCACACAUAAUGCACUUAAUACGAAACAAAUGUAUCCAUGUGUCUUUGAGAGAAGUCAUCUCAGUGAUAACUGUGAGUGCAAAAUUAAAAUACAAGGGUUUGUUGUAACCGAGAUCUUCAAUACUACCCUUCUGGAAGGAACACGUGUUUUAUUAAGCAAAACAAUCAUGACUAAAGACUUCAUCAAACCGAAAUCUCCAAUCUUAUCAGUGCAGAAGAAUGAAAAUGGAAACUUUAAUGUAACUUGGCAUAGCCAGUAUGAAAAAAGUGUAUUAAUAACGAAGGGUUUUUUGGAAGACUUGAGUAUACAUCUGACCUACGGCAUCAAAGGAGAUCUUAAAAAUAUAUCCAAGACGUUAGAGAACACUUUGGGAUUCUCAGAAAUUGCGGGAAAAAAUCUCCAGUCAAAUACCAUCUACAUUUUGACAGCAACAAUGAGCACAGCCUAUAAUGGUCAUAAUAUAUCUAGUGACCAGAGCGCACCAGUUGAGUUCACCACAUCCUCAUCCCCAACUGAAAUAGCCAAAAUGGUGAUUCCACCUCUCUGUAUUGGUUUAAUCAUCAUCAUUUUUACUGUCUUCUUCUGCAUUUUGAGAAUGAAGAUUAAUUGGUGGGACAAAAUCUCAAAGCCAAAAAUAGCUGCCAAUCUUGGACAUGAGAAGGGUCAUAUUUUGCCUCCAUCUGUCAUAACGUUCUUUCCGAUCCAUGUAGAGAUCCCAACAAUGGACCUUCAGGAGGAUAAGAAUUUGAUCUCAGCAUCAUCAAUAGAUACAAAUGAUGAGAAAGGUUUCCACAGCGUUGAGUCGUCCUCGGUGGAUUAUGGCCAGGCUCACUCUAGUAGCUCCGAAAAGAAAACCAGCUCCGAUAACAUCACACCCCUUGUCCAACAGGCCUUGAAAGAAUCGUUAAAUUUUCCUGCAUUCACAAGUAACCCAUCGCCGCCAUCCUCCCACAGCCAAGUUACUAUGAGCAGGUCAGACAAGAGUGUUAACGGUAUCGGUUCCUCAAGAGAACACAUCCGUGCAAACCGCGAUUCAGGCAAUUGCUCUGGCUCAUCGGUUUUCAGCAACAUGUCAUAUUCUGGAUCAUCCACGGGUGAUUCUUCGUUCCUGGAGCGGCUGAGCAGUAAUCAUGAACGUCAGUCUGGCAGGAGGGAAGUUGCAGACUCGGAUGCAGGAGAUAGCCAGUUUAACUCUCCCGCUAAUGUUACUUUGGAAGAUGGAUAUCAGUGCUUCAACAGUGUUUCGGGAAAGGGAAACGAUGCAGAUGUUUGUGUGAAUCUUUCAGAUGAUUUUGGUGCGGAUGCGAAGUGCAUGAAAAAUCUCAUCACCAGCCCAAAUCCACUCUAUCCUCUGAUUCUGCAUGAUGCAAGCGAUGAAGGACAUCAGGCUUUUCGAGGCUUAACAGUGAGAACAGAAGGACAGUGGAGCAAAGGCGUCAGUACUGAACAAGCGCUUAAUGCAUGUGGAGCUUUGAAAUUCCUCCAGAGCACGGGCCAAGAUCCCACAUCUGUGCAGCACAGUUCUCAAGCCACUUCUUUGCAUUUCUCACCAGUUAUUCAAAUGGACAGUUCAUAUCACUGCGUUUAACUGUGCUCUAAAUACAACUGAUAAGUGCAUGCCCGAAUUCAUUUUUUGUAUGUAAUGUCAACAGUUACAAGGAAUCAUUCGUUUGAUAGCAUGACCAGUAAUGAUUCAAACUUUGUCCAUUAUUUGUUUGGACUCGGAGCCAAAGCCUUGAAUUUCUACAGUAAGAUGUUGAAAAGUGACUUAAAAGGAUACGCCACCCAUUAAAAGUAUCUUUAUUUUUUUUACUGUAAAACACAAAGCAUUUUACAGGAAUAAUCCAUCUCAGUGAGUUUAUAUAAGUUUAUCUUAGUGACUGAUGAGAGAAUAAAUUUCAUUUUAAAAGGGAUCACGUACGGCAACUGCUCGUUAGUCAUACUUCUUUAUUACUCUUAUUAUAUUACAUAUAAUGUCAAAUGUUAAACUGAUCAUUUGCAAAUGCAAAUUUUAAAGGCAUGAUAACAAGACAGUUCUUAUUCUGUUCAACUAUGCUGUAAAAACAAAUAAUAGCUGUUUACAUUUUGAUCUCUACAGCUGCAGUGAACAGUUAUAAGAAACAAUGGAAGAUUCGCUUAUCCUACAGUACAGGUUAUACAGCAACUUAAAUAUUCUAGGAUGUAUUAUGCAUUAUUACUAGUCAUGUAUUAUUUCUUGGCAUUCAUAUUUUUAUUAUACAGCAUUUGCUAAUGGCAUUAUUAAGAGGUCUAUGGCUUCAUUACAGGUUCUGUACUUGCUGUCUCAGUCUGUAAAUUAAACUUGUAUUUUUUUCUGUAGAAUGUUUCAACAAAAUACAUAUUUGUAUAUGCAAUGCAUUUUGAUGAAGAUGACAUUGUAAUGCUUGUUUUUAUCAUCAACAAGACAAUGGCUUCAAAAACUCUCACAUCUUAGUCAGUUCAUAGACAGUUUGUGUCCGUUACUUUACCGUCAAACAGAUGAUUGGUAUGUGUGUGAAACAAUUAUUUUUGUAUGUAAUCUCUAACUGUUCCACCUACACAGUGGCAUUGAAACAAAAACGACAGCACUUCUCUAUAAGAGCGAUGUAAAAUACAUGCCUUUGUUCCUGCUUUUCUAAAAUAAAACAUCAGAAUGUUGAAA